GUUGGUUGGAUUGCCCUGCAUCUGGUCAACCAAUAGACAAAAUCAUACCGUCUAAAGUUCCGCUGGAUGAAACAUUCAAUGAGUCGAUUCCUCCUGGAAAAAGAUAUUCUUCCAAACAAGUUGUUAAUAAACAAAGAAAGGCUGGCAGGGACAUAGGUUUGGUGAUUGACUUGACAAAUACCUCUCGGUACUAUUCACCAGCAGAGUGGACGAAGCAAGGUACUAAACAUGUCAAGAUUGCUUGCAGGGGUAGAGAUGCUGUACCAGAAAAUGAAGCUGUUAACACGUUUGUGUAUGAGGUGUUGGCGUUUCAUGAGCGCCAGAAGCCAUCAAGAAAUCCCAAAUACGUACUUGUUCAUUGUACUCAUGGGCAUAACCGUACUGGCUUUAUGAUUGUUCAUUACCUAAUGCGCACACAACUGUCUAGUGUUACUGAGGCUUUAAAUAUAUUUGCUCAAAGACGGCCUCCAGGAAUAUAUAAAACCGACUACAUUCAAGCACUGUAUACAUUUUAUCAUGAAAUUCCUGAAAGUAUCACAUGUCCACCGACACCGGAAUGGAAGAGGCCUUCUGAUCUUGAUUUGAAUGGUGAAGCUAAGCAGGACGACGAUGACGACAAUGGCGAGCCUGCACCAUCACCAGAUCCCGUAGAUGACAAGGCCAUUACUAAUGAUGAUGUCUUAGGGGAUGCUGUACCUUUUGACCAGCAAGAUAUCUUGCGUGGCAUAUGUUUCAAGUUGCUUGAUUUUGUACCAAAUGGUAGAGCUAAUGCUCAAUUUCCAGGAUCUCAUCCAGUUUCCCUCAACAGUGAGAACCUGCAACUUCUGAGGCAAAGAUAUUAUUAUGCUACAUGGAAAGCUGAUGGAACACGAUACAUGAUGCUUAUAAUGCGGGAUGGCUGUUUCUUAAUAGACCGGAACUUCUGCUUUAGAAGAGUUCAGAUGCGUUUUCCUAUUAGGAAUGUUAAUGAUGGUUUCCACAACUUUACAUUGAUCGAUGGAGAAAUGGUUGUAGACACCAUACCAGGUGGUGGAUUGAAGCGGAGGUACUUAGCGUAUGAUCUAAUGGCGAUUAAUUUCUCCUCCAAAGUCAAGUUGCCCUUUUCUGACAGGUGGAAGCUACUUGAGGAUGAAAUUAUUCGUCCACGCAUCUAUGAGAGAAAGCAGUUUGAAACUGGUCUGAAAGGCAAUCCAUCAUAUAGAUAUGACCUGGAACUUUUUUCGGUAAGGAGAAAGGAUUUUUGGCUGCUUUCCACGGUGAAGAAAUUACUCAAGGAGUUUAUUCCAGCGCUUUCACAUGAAUCUGAUGGGCUUAUAUUUCAGGGCUGGGAUGAUCCAUACGUGAAUCGUACACACGAAGGUCUGCUAAAAUGGAAGUACCCAGAGAUGAAUUCAGUUGACUUUUUGUUUGAGACCGGUAGUGAAAACCGCCAGCUUAUUUUUCUGUACGAGAGAGGCAAAAAGAAACUUAUGGAUGGUACCCGGGUGGUAUUUCCUGAUGAUGUAGAUCCAUCUUCAAUAUCAGGGAAAAUUGUUGAGUGCUCUUGGAAUAAACAGGAGGACUGCUGGUUCUGCAUGCGAAUCCGAGCAGAUAAAUCAACUCCUAAUGAUAUCAAUACUUACAGAAAGGUGAUGAGGAGCAUCACGGAUAACAUUACUGAAGACAAGCUCCUGGGCGAGAUGAAUGAGAUCAGUAGCCUUCCAAUGUACGCUGAUAGGAAGGCCCACGCUGACAGGAAGGCCCACGCCGAGAAGAUGGCUCACCAGCACAGAAGGAGGGGAUAAGGCGAAUAAUCUUGGUCUUCUGAACUAGAAUCAACAAUGCCGGCUGGCCACUGUAGCCUGUGUAUUUAGCAAUAAUCAAUUUUUGACUUCAAUUAAACAACAGCGGUCACUACACAAGUUUUUCAAUGCUUUGUCAUAUUGGCCAUUGUACAUGUAUCGUUCCAGAGUCCUGUAUAUCUCUUAUUGUGUGUCAUCAAUGCUUGAUAUCAUUAUCAUUUGGUCUAUACAUCUGAAUAGCUUUA